AUGCCGGUGCCAGUCCUGGUGCCGAUCCCGGUGCCGGUCCCGGUGGCGGCGCUCGGCGCCCGCGGCCCCGGUGCGGUGUUGCAGUGCGGGACACUGCGGCGGCAGCCCCGGGGCUGCGGGAACUCCGGUGCCCGGGCGGGGACAGCGCAGCGAGGGGGGAGCUCCGUUAACGUCACCGCCCCGCUGAAAGCGACCCCUGCCCGCCGCGUCCCUCCCGGUACCGGGGGGGUCCCGUCCCGGAGCCCCGCGCCCGCUCCGCAGCGAGGGAGCGGCGGCCGCAGUCCCGCACUCACCGUGUGCCCGGUGCCGGCCCGCGGGAACGCGCCCGAGCUGCCGGAACCUCCCCCGGUACCUCCCCCGGUACCGCCGGUGCCUCCCCCGGAACCUCCCCCAGUACCUCCCCGGAACCUCCCCGGUACCGCCGGUGCCUCCCCCGGUACCGCCGGUGCGGCUCCGCGCAGGGGGCGACACCGAGAGCUCGGGCCGGCCCUGCCCCGCUGCCGGCUGCUCGCCAAGGUCACCGAGCCCCGCCCGGUAUCCCCCGGAGCCCCCCGGUACUGCCGGGACCCCCGGGCCGGGCCACGAGCAGCUGGGUCCGGUAAAUCCCCGCCGCGGGCACGGCAAGGGCGGCUGUGCCCACCCAGCACCAGCCUGGGCACCCACCCCAAAAUCCCGGUACCACCCCCAAAAGCUCACACCCACCCAACCCUGAGCCCACCCGAACCCCCUGCCCACCCGCGGGCACCCAGGCACCCACAGGGACUCCCGGCCCAGUCGCCCCCAGCCCCCCAAAAAGGAUCCGGGGGUUCUGCGGGGCCAGCCCCGGUGUCCCCGCCGGGCACGGGGGGCUCGGAGCGGAGCUCGGCUCCUUGGUUCGGUGAGCAGAGCUGUGCCCCCCGGCGCUGUGCCCAGCCCUGA